UUUUUCUGUUUCCCAACGGUCAUAUUAGCUUGUAACACUGCACACGUUGACGUUUUAUUUUUUAUUUUUAGUGUUGGUAAAAUCUAAAUUCGCUGUCAUUCAUCGUUUGAAAUGGAGAUUUUCGGUAGCACCUUUGACGAUUCGGUGUUCGAGGAAUCAAGAGCGAAGCCGACUGUUGUUGCACUGUCGACUUACAAUGCAAAGUUCUGUGAAGCAGAGUGGUUUUGGGAGAGCAUCGACACAGAGGACAUUUUGGAGGUGCAAAAGAUCUUCAAAUUUCGAGCUGAUAUGGCGUACAGGCGAAAAAACUUCCAGGAAGCUUUAAACGCCUACGCUACCUGCCUCUCCUAUAUCCCUGACGGCAACCUGGCCAUUAGACGGGACAUAAUGGAGGGAAUGGCAAGGUGCUGUUGUCACCUGGGGAAGAGAGUGGAGGCCCUGGAGAUCACAGAAACACUUGUAAGAACCGUUGCUGUUGAACAGAAAAAUGAAGCCUCCAACACCUGUCACCUUACCGGUCUACUUCACCUGACUGCGAACGUCCACGAGCGCUUCGGAGACCUCAGGAGCCAGGUCACGUGUCUGCAGCAGCUGUGUUCUCUCCACCCCUACCACCAGUGGCACUGGAUGAAGCUGGCAGAAAGCUACCUUCAUCUUCUUCAGUCUCUGUCAACACCCUCAGGCUCCAGUCCUCUUCAACAGGGAGAUGGUGUAGAGCCACAGCCUGACUCUCAGACUGAGGAGCAACUGAAGGAAGAGCGUGACGGCGUUUGGCUCAAGGCCUGCAUGUGUUUUGUCCGGGCCAGACUCCUCCUCAGGGCAUUAAAGGGCCAACAGUCAUCCUUUGUUCUCCAGAACAGUGAGAGAGCCCUACAGAAGGCUGAUGAGGCUCUACGUUGGCUGGAACUGAAAGACACCACACUACAACUAGUCUCUGAGGUGAUGUCAGAAGAUCUAGUUCCAGAGAGAAUGAGAGAGGACAACCAGGAUGGAGAGAGCUUGGCAGGUCUCUCUCUGAAGGACUUUGAAGACAGGUGGUGGAACAGACUGGUACAGACAGGAGUACUGAAGGAGGAUGGACCUCCUCUGUAAAGACCAACUAGGCUACACAUUUUGAUGAAUGUAUUUAUUUUUUAAUAUUGCGUGUAACAAUGUGCUGACCGCCAAAUGAAAUAUUGUCACACUUCAA